AUGGCUGGAAAAUAUGGAGUAAAUGUGGAAGGAAAAACCGAAGAGAGGAGUUGUAAUCUGAAAUCACUUGAAAUGGUUUUAAACGAAAACACAAGCCUUCGAAAAAGUGCAAGAGCACAAUUAUUGAUAGCUUCUGCGAUCUCGUUUCUUUCCGUCGUCAUUGGAGCCGCUUUCCUCAUUUUAGAAUCAUCUGAUAUCUCAGACACUAUGUUAAAUUCCAUGAUGGGGCUUUUAUACGGAGGUGUUUUUCUUUUAGGCGUACAAAGUCUCAUUUCCGAUUUGAGUUCAAAGAAUGUAGAUACAAAAGGAUUUAAAAACAAAUCUAAAAUUAGCGAUAACGUUAUUCUACUCUCUCUGGAAAAUUUUCAAGAUAAGGGCAGCAUUGCAAGUGUCACGAAAAUUAUUAAAGAACGAAGUAAAAAUUUUCGAACAUGGAGAGUUUGGUGUGCAGCCUGGACCAUCGUGCUUACUCUUAGUCUCAUGGUUCCUAUUUUUUCUUAUAUUUUCAUCGGUCGUUUUGCGUCAGACAUAGUGUCGUUUAAUAUUUCAGUAGAAUACAUCCUCAUUGGGAGCGGGAUUGGUGACGACAUUAACGCUCCCUUAAACGUAGUUUUUAAUGAGAUCAUGGAGGAAAAUAUUAAAGUUCGAUUAUUUAAAUGUGGACAUACGUUUACAAUCCUACGUAUCGUUCUAGAAAAGAACGAGAAACAUAAUAUUGAACGUAUUUUGCAUGGGUUAAAACCGAAUAAUCCAAGAGAUCCCGAACAUAUUCAUGAUAUAAUUGAUCCUGAUCUCUUGUAG